AUGCACGUUAUAAUGUUGACAGUAUUCAUUGUGGUACUGUUGGUGCUUGGUGCAUACAUACUGAUGUAUAUAAAGGGAUAUCGUAGUCGGAAACUCUUCGCUGGACUACCAACCUAUUCGCACUUGCCAUUCGUUGGCAAUGCUCACUGGUUCAUAGGCGGAGGUCGGGUAUUAUUUAAACGUUUAAAAGAAAUAUCAGAAAUCACCGAUCAAAAGAAUCUACCAUUUGCAGCUUGGAUUGGAACCUUACCUAUAUUAGUAAUCGACAACCCUGAGGACGUGAGGACUGUAACAAAUACCUUCAUUGAGAAACCUUAUUACUACCACUUCGGCCGGAUAUGGCUCGGGAAUGGCCUGGUCACUGCACCUGCUGCAAUAUGGAAGCAUAACAUCAAGAAUAUUGGUGGAGCCUUCAAUACCACAGUGGUGGACAGUUAUCAGCCGGUUUUCGAUGCGCAGGCGCAGAAAUUGGUGCACCAAUUAAAAGGGGAAGUGGGUUGUAAACCGUUUGAUAUAAUGGAGAAAUAUAUCGCCUUUAUAACUUUAGAAGCUAUAUGUCAAACAGCACUAGGUGUGUCACACAUAUCGGAGCGUAUCAUCACCACUGAGUAUUACGAUGCAUUCAACGACUGUAUGGAACUGUUACUCAGAAGAGGUCUAAAUGUACUCCAGCAUCCGGAUAUCCUGUACCGCUUGACGCCCGCUUUCAAGCAGAUGACGAAAUCCGUUGCGAUUCUUCACAAUAUAUCCGAGAUGGUAAUGACAAAAAGAAUACAGCGCGAAAAAAUUAAUAACGAUUAUCAUUUAGAGGAAAAUAAAACUGGAAAUCCAAAAUUCAAGCCGUUCCUUGAUAUACUACUGGAUCUUAGAGGAACAGAUCCGAUGCUCACCGAUGAGCAAAUCAAAUCUGAAGUUGACACCAUCAUAGUGGCCGGCCAGGAGACUGUAGCAACCACUUUAUCUUAUGUCUUCCUAAUGAUUGGAUGCAAGCCACGAAUACAGGAGAAAUUAUAUGCUGAAAUGCAUGCAAUAUUUGGUGAGAGCAAAAGACCAGUUGACAGGCAAGAUCUGGAUCAAAUGGUAUACUGCGAAGCCGUCAUCCAGGAGACCCUGAGGAUGUAUCCACCAGUGCCUGGUGUCAUGCGCUAUGCUGAUAGAGAUCUCCAACUUAAAAGUUGCAUGGUUCCAACAGGAACAUGUUGUUGUAUCAAUAUAUGGGGUGCAGGGCGAUCUCGGCGUGUGUGGGGAGCAGACGCUGCGGAGUACCGCCCAGAGAGAUGGCUCCAACACCACAGCCCUGGACAUCCAGCCGGUUUCCUGGCCUUCAGCUACGGGAGACGAGCAUGUAUAGGCAAGAAAUAUGCAAUGGCGAUUAUGAAGACAAUAAUAGCGCACUGCGUGAGAGAAUUGGAGCUGGUCUCCGAGGCAGACAAGCUGGAGCUGAAGAUAGACCUGGCUCUGAAGCCAAUGUCCGGACACCUCAUACAAGUGAAAUUACGGCAAUAA